UGCGGGAAGUCGACGGGAAGGGGCGUGGCCGGCCGUUGCCUAGGAAGGGCGCGUCGUCUCGCUGCUCGCCGGGCUGCGACGGUGAAGGGGCUCCGCUGCAUUUCGCCACUACUGCGGAGACCACACCUUCCUGAGCCAGGUCAGAAACCAAAGCAUUAUUUUGUAGCUGUCAGACACCAGGACUCUGGAACACUGUCAGCUGCCUGUGGGUCCUGUGUCCUCACAGUGUACCAGUUGCUUCCCAUCUACCACUGCUCGAUACUUCCUGCCACCAUCCUAGUAGCAUAGUUGCUCUUGGAAAGGCGUCCCAGCCACUGUCUGCAAGGAGUCCCUCACCUGACUCCUGUGGUUACCCUUUUCAUCAUGCCAAAGAAUAAAGGCAAAGGAGGCAAAAACAGGCGCAGAGGUAAAAAUGAAAACGAAUCUGAGAAGAGAGAGUUGGUGUUUAAAGAGGAUGGGCAAGAAUAUGCUCAGGUGAUCAAGAUGCUGGGGAACGGACGCUUGGAAGCCAUGUGCUUUGAUGGCGUGAGGAGGCUGUGCCACAUAAGAGGGAAGCUGAGAAAAAAGGUUUGGAUAAAUACCUCGGACAUUAUAUUGAUUGGGCUACGAGACUAUCAAGAUAACAAAGCAGAUGUAAUCUUAAAGUAUAACGCAGAUGAAGCAAGAAGUCUGAAGGCCUAUGGAGAACUUCCGGAACAUGCCAAAAUCAAUGAAACGGACACAUUUGGUCCUGGGGAUGAUGAUGAAAUCCAGUUUGAUGAUAUUGGAGAUGAUGAUGAAGACAUUGACGAUAUCUAACCUGACCUAAGCAUGUUACAUUCCAAGUUCUCUGAAGAUAGCUUGACACAAUUGGCAUCUUGACCUUCAGCUGUUAAGUAAAACUUCAUUUGGCAUGUGUAUGACUUGUUAAUCCAAAUUGAUGAAUUUAUUUUGAAGUAUUGUAUUUCUUUGAAAACCAAACAUGUUGAGUUUGAGUUAUCUUAAGUGACAAGUUAACACUUUGUGCUUAUGGAUAUAACUGAACUUAGGGCACAGCAGUGUGCACUGUUAAGAGACUGCCUUCCCUUUUAUGAUGCUUCAUUUCUGGCACGCGAGUGUUUUGUCAGCAGUUCUGCCCGGUGACCAUCGUGGGCUGAAGUCAGGCCUGGUCCAGCACCCCUGCUCCCGGCCUCUAUAUUCUAGUCAUCUGGCUGUGUGUGAGACCUCUCAGCAGACUAACAGAUGUGUAAGGCUGCAGUUGGAGUCAGAUAGAAUGUGGCUAUUUUUGUAUUUAUGGAGCCAUGCCAUUUUAUACUUUCACGUUCUAUACGUAAGUUGUUGCCACCCAUAAAAGCAUCUUACAGUGCAGUUUUUAAAUCACAUGGGUAGCAAUUUUGAGUUUCAAAAUUAGUCAUUGUAGAAAUUAAUACUUAGAGGAGAUAACCCAUUUUCUUGGCUUUAGAAAUAUAAUAGUUGACAAUGUUUAUAUAUAAUUUUACUUUUCCCAAAACUACCUGAAAAUAGAAAAUUAAAAAGAGAAGUAAAUCUGUUCUUCUGAUACUUGGAUAGAGAAAUUUUCAAAGAAGGUAGUUGUUAACAGCACAUAAAUAAUUUUUACUUUGCAAAGUAGAUUGUGUUAAGUUGUUUUCAAAAAGUUAGCUUCUGUAUUGAGGCUUUGGAUAAUUACUAUGUAUUGAUUAAAGUUAGUUAUAUAAUUGUACCAGUGAAGUUUUCCUUAAACUAAGCUUAGGUUAAAGGAAGAGGAGCCACAGCUUAAUGAAAAUGUGGUUCCUGUUUUCCAAAUGGCGGAGUCCAGAAACAUAAUAAAAAUAUGUUGGUAUAAAACAUUUUUUUCCUUUUAAUAUGUUCAUUUUAUCUCUGGUAUAAUAAAUGACUGGGUGAUUUCUAGUAUAUGAUGAGGUUUUUUUUUUUUUUUUUUUUUUUUUUUUUUUUUUUUUUUUAAUAGACUCUGGGAUUUAAGAUAAACCUAACUAUUUUCCCCUUUAAGUGAUGCUGGUAUCAGGGUUCUGCAUUUUAACCCUUGCUGCUUAGGGAGUAAGUAUAAACUUUGUCUAUCAGACCUCAGAUGUUUUCUUUUUAAAGCAUAGUUCCUUUCUCAGGUUUUGUUCUUGACACCUACAAAUGGUGCUUGACCAUGAAGGCAACAGUAUUCACCCUCACUUUUAUUUAUUUAUUUUUUUGAUUGGUUUUCCAGUUAGCACAUAAUAAUGUAGCUUAAGAAAAUUUCCCAGUUAGAAAGAAAAAGCAAAUACAAUUUUCCUGAUCAUUGAUUGGUGGAUCUUUUCUAGAUGGAGAUAUAUAGAUCUUUGUAAAGGUUAAUUUUGUAAAAUGAAACCAGAUACGGUGCCAGAUUAGGAGCAGAUCCCACGCCCCCAGAAAGACAGUGUGUCUUAGAAAGAGAACCCAUCACUGGAGCUUUUUAUUGCUCUACACCGUGUAUUGAAAUAUGCUGUUAACCAAGAUUUAUCCUAUUGCCUCUGUAAAUUUUUAGGACAGAAAGAAAACUUGACCAUGGGCGAGCUAGCUUGAUGGCAUUCAGCAGCAAACAAGAGACUCACAAGUUAAGAGGUGUGGACCAGUGCCUGAAGAUGUCCUCUCAGUCCCGACAUGCACACGUGCUCACACACGCAUCACCACACACACAAAGAUGCGCUUGGGGCUGUAGUAUUGUGUCUUGAUCACUGCAAACUCUCAGAGGCAAACACUGAGGUAUUCAUGUUUCCUGUUUCCUGCUUGCCAAUAUCUACAUUUUCUCUCAUAUUCUAGAUGAAGGAAUGAUUCUUUAUACCAUGAGUGAUUUAUGCUGUUUAUUAUAAGUAAAUGUUGACCUAAGUGUUAGAAUUAAAAUGACUUAGUGAAAUAUUUAAA